AUGUCGGUCGGAGAACUUGGAUGCACCUACGCUGCUUUGAUCCUUCAUGACGAUGGCAUUCCGAUUACUUCCGAGAAGAUUGCCACCUUGUUGAAGGCUGCCGGUUUGACUUCUGUGGAAUCAUACUGGCCCGGCCUCUUUGCGAAGCUCUGUGAGAAGAGGAACGUUGAAGAUCUCAUCUUGAAUGUUGGCUCCGGUGGUGGCGGCGCUCCCGUAGCUGUUGCCGCUCCUGGCGCUGGUGCUGGCGCUGCAGCCGCUGCUGCUCCAGCUGCCGAGGAGAAGAAGGAGGAACCCAAGGAAGAGAGUGAUGAUGACAUGGGAUUCAGCUUGUUUGAUUAG